CGCACGCUCCUCGCGAGCCGGCCGCAGCUCGGGAGGGGCCUGCCAACGGGGCGGCCACCGCGCCAGGGGACAGAUCGCACCGUGCCCCUCUCCUCCGCAAGGCGCAAACUGGGCGCUCGGCCCCUUUGGGGGACCGUCAGGUGCCUGUGGGGCCGGGACGGGGGCAGGCGGUGGCAGCACCGACCGCAGGGGCAUGGCGGGGGCGGCGUGCCAGCCUGUGGCGAGGCCGAGCCUGACCUCCAUCUCGUCGGGGGAGCUGCGCAGCCUGUGGACGUGCGACUGCGAGCUGGCCCUGCUGCCGCUGGCGCAGCUGCUGCGCCUGCAGCCCGGCGCCCUCCAGCUGCGCGGCGACCAGCUCGUGGUGCCCGGGCCCGGGGAGCCCGCGGCCGCGCGCGGGGGCUUCAACGUCUUUGGCGACGGCCUGGUGCGACUCGACGGGCAGCUCUACCGCCUCAGCAGCUACGUCAAGAGGUAUGUGGAACUGACCACCUACUGUGAUUACAGAGACUACAGGGAAACUAUACUGGACAAACCAAUGCUGUUCUUUAUUUACGUACAGACCAAAAAAGACACCUCAAAAGAAAGGACAUAUGCAUUUCUUGUGAACACAAGACACCCCAAGAUAAGAAGACAGAUAGAGCAAGGGAUGGACGCGGUCAUCUCUUCAGUAAUUGGAGAAAGUUACCGGCUUCAGUUUGACUUUCAAGAUGUAGUGAAGAAUUUUUUCCCUCCAGGAAAUGAGGUUGUUAAUGGAGAAAAUUUGAGCUUUGCAUAUGAAUUCAAAGCUGAUGCAUUAUUUGAUUUCUUCUAUUGGUUUGGGCUCAGCAAUUCCACUGUAAAAGUGAAUGGAAAAGUUCUGAAUUUGACAAGUACAAGUCCAGAAAAGAAGGAGACAAUUAAGUUAUUUCUGGAAAAAAUGAGUGAACCUUUAAUCCGAAGGAGCAGUUUCUCUGACCGAAAAUUCAGUGUCACUUCCAGAGGUUCAAUAGAUGACGUUUUUAACUGCAAUCUGUCACCCAGAUCAUCUCUGACAGAGCCUUUGUUGGCAGAAUUACCAUUUCCAAGUGUUCUGGAAUCUGAAGAGAUACCCAACUGAUUUAUUUGCCUGGACUGAACAUUCCACCCUCCAGGCCUGUGCUGGACUGCAGGUCGAGGAGACGGAGGAGGUGGGAGGCGGGUACUUCCACCAUCUUGUCCAUCCAGCUCCUCCAUGGCUUCCACAAAUGCUCCUUUCUUCCAUUUCCAUGGGUGUGAUGCCCUGGCAGGCCCAGUGCAGUUAACACCCUUAAAGGUUAUGGCUAUCAGGAUGGUGGGGCUUUGGCCCUGUGGCAUGGCAGGGUCAGGGGGGCUGGGGGGAGCAGAAAUCCUUUACUUUGAAGACUUCUCCAAAGUGGCAGGGGGGGGCCACAGAGUCCUGCCACCCUGAACGUUUUGCUCAGUACCCUGGCACCCUGGGAGUUCUCCCAACGGCCUUUGUGGGAGUUGUCUGACUUGGGUCUUGAUCCAUCAUGCUUCAUACAUCAGAGUUUGGUCCAUCCUUAUCUAAACCCAAGCCCAGCAAGCAUGGGGUUAACAGUGCCAUUCUCUUGCAAUCCUGGCUGGGCAAAAAGCCAAUGUCAUCUUUUGUUGGAAGGCAAGAAUGUUUUUUAUUCUGCCUAUAUGAAACUUACAAGAAACAUUCAAGGUAAGGAUCAGGGGAGGAUUGGCCAGGUUGCUAGGAUGGUAACCCUGCCACCCACUGCCUGAAAUAUGAACUUCCUUGGCCUCCCUCCUAACAAAGCAGCUCAUGUAGAACGAGUCCAGGCGAUGUGGUACCAAACAAUGACAGGGAAAGGAUAAUGUACACGGCAGUGUCCUUGUUGAAAGCACAUUAUGUCAGUUGGGUAUUUUAAAUAAGCUUUUAGCAAUCCUAACACUAAAAGCAAAAUAGAAGAAAGCUAAACCAUUACUGUAAUACAUUACAUCAAUAUGGUUUUUCAUCUCAUAGCUACAAUGGAUUCUUCAAAAGGAAAAAAAAAAUCAUCCUAUCUACAUAUAAAAACCUGCACGAAUGAAUCUCUACUAUGCUUAUAAUGAGGAAGAUUUAUCCUAAGUAUAAUUUUUCUAUCCCUUUUCAAAAAGUGUUCCUGUGUUAUACAUUUUGAUAACACUAUUGAUGGUCCUGCCAUUUAUAUUUAAAUGCUAUGUACCACAUUGGCGCAAUUAUAACUUUUCUUAGCAUUCAAGCUAGAAAUGAUUAAGUUUGUGACCAAGGGUGUGUGUGAUCUUUCCACUGUGGUUUGCUGGUGGUAUAUUUGCCUUGUAACUUACUAAAUUACAAUAAGAAUUGUGGUUUUCACAGCCACUUUCUCAAAAAGAGUCUUUUGAAGAACAGGGCUAUGAAGUGUUUGGAGAAGGGAAACAAAAUUUGACACUGAUCUUUCAGAGAGAAGGGGAAUGCUACCUAAUAACAGAUGAGGAUAAACAUUUGUUAUUAAACUCAGUAAAAGACGAGGAAUAUUAACAAUAAAAUAAGUUUUAUACCAGCACAAACAAACCUUAGGUGGAUAUCAAAUAUUAAGUGCUUCCUAAAUUAGAUAGAAAUGCUAUUCACAAAAUUGACAUAGAAGAUUUUUUUUUAAGUAGCUGAAUUGAGAAAAAACAUCAGUGAUCACCCCAGGAAUGGACUAAAGAUCUAGAAAUUUUCUUUCAUUAUUAAAAACUUUUUUUUCAGCUGACUCUGAGCCAAAUGUAUUCACCCAUUCAAUAUUCACUCAGCAAAGUUAUUGACUGCCUAUAAGGAAAUAAACACUGUGCUAGUAUAUUUUAUUAGCAAAUAUUACAAAGAAUUGAUAUUUGUCAAUCUUGAAAACUGACAAGUUUAGAGACAGAUCUUCCUGGUUGAAAGAGGCCUCUAUCUGUGUGUAAAUGUAACCUAAUGCAGAUAUUUUAGCAGUUUAAGAUCAACAGAAAUCUGUAGGACAAAAAUGACCUAGGCAAUUCAUCCAUUUAUUCAAUUCAUUCAUUCAUUCAAUGCAUAUGCUGCAUGCUUACCUGAUGCUGUGCGCUGAGGGGACGCUAGCACGUAAUGGUGCCUCCAGCAUGACCCUCACUUUCAAGGAGUUUCCAGGCUUGUGAAAGGAGACAGGCAUACAAGCUAACAUGAACAGUAAAAUAAGUGCUAUGAGAGAAGUUCAAAAAGGGAAAGGUCUAGGAUGCUUAUGAUCCAGUUGAGAUUUAUUUGGAGAAAAAAUUAAUUUUUUUUAUCACCAGUUUAUUUGGAGAUAAUAAAGUAUAACUGUAAAAUUUAGUUUUAAAACAAAUAUAUAAUGAAUGAUUUAUCCAAGUAUUGAUUUAUCUAUGCUCUCAGUGACCUUGGAAGCUCUUAUUUCAAAGAGGAUGGAAGUCCAAAAAUUAUUUACAGAAUGAGGGCGUUUCUACUCAUCACCUGAUGGCCGUAGUUUCAUUUUUGGCUAAAAGAUGACAUUGUACAACUUGAUCGCCUACCUUAAUUAUGAGCUUAAAUGUCUUUUUACUGUUCCAAAUAUCCAAUCUAUCCUCUAAGAGCAAAGUUAUGCUCCUAUUGAAGAAAUACAAAAGAAUGCGUGAGUCAGUUUCUGAAGGGAGUCUCCAAAAAAUUUCAAAAAUGUUUUAAGCAAUAGCAGCCUCAUUAGAAUAAAUUAUUACUUUGAAGAAGUGAACAUUCCCUGGGUUGGAUAAGUGCUGGUAUAAAAGAUUUAAAAUGAGCGUUCACAUUUGAUAUUUGCUACUUGCACAGGCCUGAAAGGAGAACUAACAAUGGAAGGCGUUUGUAAUUAACCAGUGACUGGCCCAGCCAGCUUACUGCUUUAGAGAUCAGAGAAGAGAAAAACUCAAGAACCAGGGGAAGCAGGGAUGGCCCAGGAGGAAGGUGACACUUAAAGGAGGUUGACGAGGUUUUGAUAGAAUCAACAGUCUGAACUUGCUAUUAUGGUUUUAUUUGAAUGGAAUGUAAGUUAAUUUGUUGAGUAGCAAGUCAGAAGCAGAGCUUGGAAUUUACCCCAUUAAAUUGGACUGUCCUAAUAAAAUAGAAAAUAUUAAAGAAUUUUGUUUUCAGCAUUGUUCAAUAAGAGGAGAGCCAUCAUUCUUGGACUACUUACUCACAACUCCUCUUAGUGGCAGCUAUGACCUAGGCGGCCUCAGGAAGAUCUGAGUCUGUGAUGGCUAACUUUGUGCGUCACCUUGGCUGGGCCAUGGCGCCCAGAUAUUUGGUUAAACGUUAUUCUGGCUUUUUCUGUGAGGGUGAGAUUGACAUUUAUGUUGGUGGACUUUGAGUAAAGCGGAUUGCCCUCUCUGACAUGGAUGGGCCUCAUCCAAUCAGUUGAGGGCCUGAAUAGAACAAAAGACCAGCCUCCCCCAGUGGGAGGGAAUUAGGACAGCAGAUGGCCUUUGGACUUGAACUGCAAUGCUGGCUCUUCCCUGAUCUCCAGCCUGCUGGCACACCCUGCAGAUUUUGGACUUGCCAGCCUAGUUGUGUGAGCCAAUUCCUUAAAAUAAAUUUCUCUCUGUAUAUACACAUCCUUUUGGUUCUGUUUUUCUGGAGAAUCCUGACUUAUACAGAGUUCAUCACAGAAAUUGAGAAAAUGUUUUAUGAAUUCAUCAGUCAGCUAAACAAACAAAAAAUAAAGUGAAGGAGAAAAGUCAA